UUAAUAUAAAUAGGUCCCUGGUAAACUUCCAUACUUUUUCGCCAUGUACUACUUGUUUCACCAAAUCUGCAUCUCUUAUUGGAGGGGCAGAAAUAGACUCCCUCGCUACAGCCAAUCAAAGUGCGCCCUAAAACAUGCAUUCUUCCCCAACGAUUGGCUAACCUCCUCGCGCUGAUAGUCAUCUUUAUUAUCCAACUGUUGUAAGUAUUUUUCUAUCACCGGAGGAAGAUUCUUUACCUCUCCAGAUACCUAAGACCAUCAGAUACGUAGGUGAGACAUGCCUGCGGUCCCCUCCCUUAAAGACAGCAGCGUCCUGGGCCCUGUGUGCCCGCACGCUGCCAGGCUACGCGUCACCAACGGCAAUGGGGACGCCAACGGAUCCUCCAAGGACCAGGAAGGGCUGUUACAACUCCCAACCAAGGGGGGCGUCAGAGACAAGCUAGAGGUGGACGUGACUGGAACCAUCCAGGCGGUGGGGGAGAGGAAGUGGAUCCGUCCCGACCUUCCCAGCCGGUGCACCUGGAGACUGGGGGGCAACCACGCCGACUCCCCCCACACCCAUCCUCAACAGACCAAAGCUCCUAAAAUCCUCACCAACAUCCUCCGGAGGAUCGGUGACACCCCGCUGGUGCGCAUGAACAAGAUCCCCAAGACCUUCGGCCUCAAGUGUGAAGUCUUGGCCAAGUGUGAGUACUUCAACGCGGGCGGCAGUGUGAAGGAUAGGAUCAGUCUGCGUAUGGUGGAGGAUGCAGAGAGGGCAGGACAUCUGAAACCAGGAGACACCAUCAUAGAACCCACCUCAGGCAAUACAGGUAUCGGUCUGGCCCUGGCUGCAGCUGUGAAGGGUUACCGUUGUAUCAUUGUCAUGCCUGAGAAGAUGAGCAUGGAGAAGGUGGAUGUUUUGAGAGCCCUGGGCGCAGAGAUCGUCCGUACUCCCACCAGCGCUCGUUUCGAUUCACCAGAGUCUCACGUGGGCGUGGCUUGGCGUCUGAAGAACGAGAUCCCCAACUCUCACAUCCUGGACCAGUACCGUAACCCUAGUAACCCCCUGGCCCACUAUGACACCACAGCAGAGGAGAUACUGGAGCAGUGUGAUGGGAAAGUGGACAUGCUGGUGGCAGGCGCUGGCACAGGCGGCACCAUCACUGGCAUUGCCCGCAAACUGAAGGAGAGGUGCCCAAACAUCCAGAUCAUCGGUGUGGACCCUGAAGGCUCCAUCCUGGCUGAACCAGAGGAGCUGAACAAGACAGACAAGACCCAGUACGAGGUGGAGGGCAUCGGAUACGACUUCAUCCCCACUGUACUGGACCGAUCAGUGGUGGAUAGCUGGUACAAGUCCAACGAUGAGGAGUCCUUCAACAUGUCCCGUAUGCUGGUCAGAGACGAGGGCUUGCUGUGUGGUGGCAGCUCGGGCACGGCCAUGGCAGCGGCGGUGAGGGUGGCCAAGGACCUGAAGGAGGGCCAGCGGUGUGUGGUCAUCCUGCCAGACUCCAUCCGCAACUACAUGACCAAGUUCCUGAGUGACAAGUGGAUGUUUGAGAAAGGCUUCCUGAAGGAGUCAGACAUCAUGGUAAACAAACCCUGGUGGUGGAACCUGAAGCUGCAGGGGUUGAACCUCUCUGCCCCUCUGACCGUCCUGCCCACAGUCAGCUGUCAGAAGACCAUCAAGAUCCUGAAGGAGAACGGCUUUGACCAGGCCCCUGUAGUGGACGAGGCUGGGCUGGUCCUAGGAAUGGUUACUCUGGGGAACAUGCUGGCCUCUGUGCUGGCUGGGAAGAUCAAACCCUCAGACCCAGUCAACAAGGUGAUCUACACCCAGUUCAAACAGAUCCGUCUGACUGAUAACCUGGGGAAGCUCUCUCGUAUCCUGGAGACGGACCAUUUUGCCCUGGUGGUACACGAACAGAUCCAAUACUUGACGGACGGCUCCCCCAGCCUGAAGCAGAUGGUGUUUGGUGUGGUGACGGCCAUCGACCUGCUCAACUUCGUCACGGCCAGGGAGAAGAGGGAGAGGUCCUUCUCUGAGUGCAGUGACCUGUGACUGUGUCCCCGUGACGGCUGGGUCAUGUGCACACAAACACCUCGUGUACACACACACAUGGAACACACGUUAAUUACACCUACAGUUCACAGCCAUACACAAACACACUGUGAUAUUAACGACAAUAUAAAGAAUAUGAGGUCGUAUGAACUUGAUUGAUGGACAAACUGUUGUUGCAGCUUUCUCAUAUGACAUGUGAGUCAUUUAGCAGAUGCUCUUAUCCAGAGCGACCUACAGAUAGUGAGGACAUACUGUUCCCCCCCCAACUGGUCCCCCGUGGGAAUCCAACCCACAACCCAUUUCCAUACUGGUCCCCCGUGGGAAUCCAACCCACAACCCAUUUCCAUACUGGUCCCCCGUGGGAAUCCAACCCACAACCCAUUUUCAUACUGGUCCCCUGUGGGAAUCCAACCCACAACCCAUUUCCAUACUGGUCCCCCGUGGGAAUCCAACCCACAACCCAUUUCCAUACUGGUCCCCCUGUGGGAAUCCAACCCACAAUCCAUUUCCAUACUGGUCCCCCGUGGGAAUCCAACCCACAACCCAUUUUCAUACUGUUUCUCCCCAACUGGUCCCCCGUGGGAAUCCAACCCACAACCCAUUUUCAUACUGUUUCCCCCCCAACUGGUCCCCCGUGGGAAUCCAACCCACAACCCUAGCGUUGCAAGUGCAAUGCAUUCAUAUGAAAGUCUUAAAUCCUCGCUAUAUUUUGCGAGCUUGAUCAUAGAAUGUAGACAGUGCCUACAGAGGGAAUUGCCCUGUUGCUUUGUAAUGUGUAUUUAAAUGAUCAGACUGUACCCCAUCCCAUGUACUGAAUCAAUAAUUGUGAAACCAAUCUUUACUGAAAAAAAUGGUUUUAAUUGUGAAAACAUCAAUCAACGCAUUUCAACGCUAUGCAUAAUGACACAACCCUGCACAAUUACAACAGGUUUGAGAAACAGACCUGUAUGUUGAUGUGUUUUUUAAAGGUUCAAUGCAGCUGUUUUUAUCUGGAUAUCAAAUCAUUUCUGGGUAACAAAUAAGUAUUUUACUGUGAUUGUAUUCAAUUAAAACAAGUAGUUUCUUAGCAAAGAGCAAUUUCUCAAGCAAGACUUCAGCUAGGACAGUUUGGGUGUGGUCUGAACUAGAAGCACAAGCAUUUCGCUACACUCGCAUUAACAUCUGCUAACCAUGUGUAUGUGACAAAUAAAAUUUGAUUUGAGUGGGGAGGGGAAAACUCAAAACUAGCUGUUGUUGGAAGAGAGGUAUGGAACAUUUUGCUGUUGGUCUAUUAAAAAAAAUUGUAUGGCAUGAUGUCACCAUGGAGAGUCUAAACUCCCGCCCAUACAAACCUGCUGAUUAGAAGGCCCUGUGUAGAUUGCAUUUUCAACCAGCAUCUAUCAGGAAAUAACACUGUCAGUGUCAGUUUCAUCAGCUGUAAGAUAUUAAACACAGGAAAAACAGAAUUUUCAGAGUGUGUUUUUUUUUCUGUAUUUAUACGCUGUCGCACCAAAACAGGUUGUGAUUUCAGGCGGUCUUUUCAAACAGCUCUUACCCUACAAGGGCAUCAGAAUUUUCGCGAUUCACAUUCGAGUUAUUUAGCAGACGCUCCUAUCCAGAGUGAUUUACAGUAAGGAGUUAUUUAGCAGACGCUCCUAUCCAGAGUGAUUUACAGUAAUGAGUUAUUUAGCAGACGCUCCUAUCCAGAGUGAUUUACAGUAAUGAGUUAUUUAGCAGACGCUCCUAUCCAGAGUGAUUUACAGUAAUGAGUUAUUUAGCAGACGCUCCUAUCCAGAGUGAUUUACAGUAAUGAGUAAAUACUUUCAGUCAAUCUAAUGUAUUUAUUAAAGCUCUUUUUAUAUCUUAUACAAAAAACUCAAAGAGCAAGCAGUGCAGAUGUAGAACAUAUUAAAUGUGCCGUACUCUUCAACGUUAUACUUAAUGAAAAACCUGAGGUUUUGUUCUGGAAUGGUCAAAUAUGUCUAGCUAGUAACUACCAAAAUAUCAUGUUUUACAAAUAUGUCUAGCUAGUAACUACCAAAAUAUCAUGUUUUACAAAUAUCAUGUUUUACAAAUAUGUCUAGCUAGUAACUACCAAAAUAGCCUUUUUGACAAGAUCAUAUGAAAUAGAAUGAUUGAUAUACCAGUAUAAUACAAGGGCAGAGAUAAUAUGGUGUGCCAACAAUGUAUUUGUACGGUUGUUUAUGCUUUUCACUUUGGAUGUAUCAGAGUAAAAAGUCCUAUCGGGAUUUGUGUGCUAUAAAAUCACUUUAUAAUCUUAUGAAAAAUAAAGUUGUUAAAACAUCUCUGAA